AUGUGUGAUUUGUGUUCUCCUGUGCAUCCUGAAGAUAAAACAUUCGACCAGUUAGUAAAGUUAGUAAAAGAUCAUUUGGAACCCGAGCGAUCCGAGAUAGCUGAAAGACAUAUUUUCCGGCAGAGAAAGCAACAGCAAGGCGAAGGCGUCAAAGUUUACCUACAGAAUUUAAAACAUCUCGCUAAGACGUGCAGUUUCGGGGCACAGCUUGAAAUUAAUCUAAGAGAUCAGUUUGUCUCGGGAUUAAUCAGCGAGGAGAUGCGUUCGAGGCUUUUUGCGGAAAAGAAUAUUGAUUAUCGUCGCGCGGUGGAGUUAGCGUUGGCGCUGGAGGCGGCGGAGCGGCAUGCGACCACGGCAUGCGCUACGGUCGCUCCGGGCGCGCGCGCACUCUCGGACGGCGCGUUCAACGACGACGGCCUACACCGGGUGGGCCCCGUGCGCGGCUCGCAGGUUGCGGGCGGCGGCAGCGGCAACGGCGUGGCGGGCCGUCGGGCCUGUGCGCGCUGCGGCAAGGGUCAUCCGGGGAGGUGUCGCUAUCGAUAUCAUUCAUGUGAUUUGUGCGGCCAAAAAGGCCAUUUAAAGGCAAUGUGUGAAAUGCAAAAAAGAAGUGAAAUGAUGACGCGCGUUUCCUCACUCGCGCGUAAAACGCCGGUAACGAGCGAGACUCUCGACUCGCGCGUUCUACGCGCGUAG